AAAUAUUUUCUUGUCCCCAGCGUCCGCCGCAGUUGACGCUCCUCGGUCAACGCAUGCAGUUCCUCAAGAGUACCGUCAUGGGCCUCGGCUCCGCCUUCACGAUGGGCAGCGUCGGAGGCCUGCCCUUCUCGCUCGAGUCCACCGAGCCUGCCUAUGAUGCAGGGCUUCCGGACUUUAUCCUACUCCGCGGCAAAGCCAAGGCCGACGGCAGCAGCGUCGCGGUGUUCAAGUCCAAGCAGCCCUCGAAUGCGCUAGCGCAGAACGCUCUGCGGCGCAUCAAGACUUUGCGCCACCCGAAUGUCCUUGCCUACAUUGACGGCAUUGACGUGCCCAACAACGGCCACGUCUUCAUCGUCACCGAAGACGUCGUGCCGUUGAACGCCUAUCUCGACGACAUCCGUGCCGAGUAUGGCGCCAACAGCAACGAGGAGAAGGUCCUGAUCGCGUGGGGUCUUCGGUCGAUCCUCGGCGCGCUCAAGUUCAUCAACAACGACGUCAAGCUCAUUCACGGCCGACUAAACCCGACCAGCAUCUUUGUCACCAAGGGUGGCGAGUGGAAGCUCGGCGGCUUCGAACUCACGGGCGAGCCCAGCAUGAGCGCGCCGUUCGUCCAGCACGACCACACGGUGGACCCGCGUUUCAAAGCACCCGAGUGUGCGCGCCGGGACUGGUCGUCCGUGGCAUCGUCGCCCACGUAUGCGGUUGACAUGUAUGCGCUCGCGUGCCUGAUCAUCUAUCUGCACCACCCGUCAUUCUCGUCGCCAAGCGAUUGCAGUCGCGUUCCGUCCGGUCUCUCGACCUUUGUCAAACGUAGCACGGACGCAACGGCCUCGCGGCGCCUCAACCCCGACCAGGCGCUCACGAGUGCGUACUUUGAGUCGCAUUUCUUGCGGCAAAUGACCUUUCUCGACGAGCUCGCAAUCAAGUCGCCGGACGAAAAGGUCGAAUUUUACAAAGAUCUGAGCGCGAGCAUCGACGCCUUGCCCAAGCACACGGCGGUAUUCAAGGUGCUUCCAGCGCUCAAGGCGAUUGUGGAUUUUGGCGUCGCGACGGGUGGCAAGGCCGGUGGCAACUACAAGCUCGAUCCGUCCGAGAGUCACAUGUUGCCGGCCAUGGUCAAGAUCGGGAGCCAGCUCUCGCCGGACGAGUUUAAGGACCAAGUGCUGCCGACACUCAUCAAGCUCUUUGGCUGCAACGACCGCGCCGUGCGUCUCCAGCUGCUGCAGAUGAUGGAGUCGUUUGCCGUGCACUUUGACGCCAAGCUCGUCAACAGCAACGUCAUCUUUGAUAACAUCUGCACCGGGUUCCAUGACACGUCGGCCGUCUUGCGCGAAUACACGGUCAAGAGCAUGCUGCACAUUGCCGACAAGCUCUCGGACGCCAACUUGAACACGAAGCUCAUGAAGUUUUUCGCCAAGCUUCAGACGGACCCUGAACCUGCGAUUCGCACCAACACGACGAUCUGCCUCGGCAAGAUUGCGCCGCAUCUCAGCGCCGCCACGCGUGCCAAGGUGCUCUUGCCAGCGUUCACCCGCGCCCUCAAAGAUCCGUUCCCGCACGCACGGCUCGCAGGCCUGCGCACACUUGUCGCUUGCGACGAGUACUUUACGUACCAAGAUGUUGCUUGCGCCAUCAUUCCUGCGAUUGCGCCGCUCAUGCUAGACAUUUCGCCCAGCGUCCGCGACGAGACGCUGACGUGUAUGGCCGAUUACAUCAAGAAGAUCCAGGACGAAGCCGCCCAAAUGAAGGUGCGCGAGGCUGAUGAAGAGCGCGAGCGCCAAUUGCACGAAGCUGCCAACCCUGCUGUGAUUGACGCGGCGCCAGUCUCAACUACUUCGUCCGCGUCGUGGCAGCCGCCAAAGCCAGCAGCCCCAAUCUCGGCAAAUGACUUCAACGAUGACGGCGAUGACGCGUGGGGCGACGACCUCGACGAUUUGACGAGCCCAACAACGACAACACCGGCAACUUCUACUUCAUCAACCACUGCGUCAUGGUCGACUCCUGCUCCAAGCACGUUCUCGUCCUCUGCAUGGCAAGCGUCUUUGGCUCCGAAGCCUGUGCACGUGACGCCGCCCAAGCCGUUGCAGCCCGCUGCAUCUAAAGACGAUUUCUUUGGCGACUGGGGGGCGCCGUCGUCGACGGGCUCGUCUGCGUCCCGCACGGGCUCGGGGUCGCUGAGUCUGCAAAAACCUUCUGCGCCAACCGGUUUUAGCGGUGCGAGUGCGUCGCUCGUCAAGCCAGCCGAGCCCAAAAAGUCGCUCCAGGAACGCCGGUCCGAGGCGAAAGCCAAGCGAGAACCCCUCGGCGCCCUGAAGCUCCAAAACAAGCCCAAGGGCGGCGACAACUGGGACUGGGAUAUGUAGGCGUCACCGCCUUGUAUGCAACGCUCGUAGACAAUUCAUUGCCCAACAUGAUCAUCCUCC